AUGGCUGAAAUUCCAGCCAACAUAAAAAACUCGAAGCUAGACUUGCUCACCGAGCCCAAUCCCAUUGGCCGAGAUCUUGAGAAGCGCAGCCAGUCAAAGUUCUAUCAUUUCCACAAGGACCACAGCCAUGACAUCUCCGACUGCUAUGACCUGAAAAGGCAGAUUGAGGGCCUCAUUCAGAAAGGGUACUUCAAGAAGCAUGUGGGACGAGCUCCUAACGGCGGAGGGAACAGGGCAGGCUGUUCGAAAGAAGAAAAGACAGAGAGAGAGAGGAUGCGAUCUUCCCCGAAAUGCACGGACCGACCUGCUGUGAUCAACAUGCUCGUCCCUUAUCGGAUCUCAUUCUCAGACGAAGGCAUUAAGGGCCUGUACACCCCGCACAAUAACGCCCUGGUCGUCAAGGCUAAGAUCGACCAAGUAACGAUCAGGCAGAUUUUGAUCGACGGAGGUGCCUCCACUAACAUAUUAUCAUUCUCUACUUACCUUGCUCUGGAAUAG